UAAGGUAGCCUAAAUUUUCUUCCUUUCUGGUAAACCACCACCAUUUCACAAAAUCCAGUUGACUUAUUCCAUGGUUUACUCUGAACGGUGCAAUAACUCUGAGUUGGUUGUGUCUCUGACCAAUCUAUUGUCUGCAUUCUAUUUUCAAAAUAUCCCAUUCUAAGCUAAUUCUCUUAACCUUCUUCUGUACUCUACACUUCUUCAACACAACUUCUACACUUUUGACCCCCAUCCCUUGCAAAAUUUAGGAGAGUUUAAGAAGAUAAAGAGUGAAGAACACGGGCCAUAAGGGUCUUGUUCAUGAGUCUUUUUGGCCACCAUUUGUUCCUUGGCUAUUUUAGUGUUGUGUUGUGUGGUUGUCACUACGAGUAGACACCAAUGAGAAUUACAUUAGUUUCAGUGCUUUCUUUCUUUCUCUGUCACUUGAUAUAUCUUAGUAUCUACAUUUCUGUCACUGCUGGGAAAUGUCUCGAGGAUCAACAAUUGCUGCUGUUUCAACUGAAGAGCAACCUCACAUUCAACCCUGAAAAUUCCAGCAAACUCAGGUUGUGGAAUCAAAGCGUUGAGUGCUGUGAUUGGAGCGGUGUAAGCUGUGAUGAUGAGGGACGUGUCAUUGGCCUUGACCUGGGUGGAGAAUUCAUCAGUGGUGGAUUUGAUGAUUCAAGUGUUAUUUUCAGUCUUCAACAUCUCCAGGAAUUGAAUUUGGCUUCUAAUAAUUUCAAUUCUGUCAUCCCAUCUGGAUUUAACAAGUUGGACAAGUUGACUUAUCUGAAUUUGUCAUAUGCGGGCUUUGUGGGGCAGAUUCCAAUAGAGAUUUCUCAGCUGACAAGGUUGGUUACUCUUGAUAUUUCUUGUCUUUCCUACUUAACUGGGCAAGAGCUGAAACUAGAGAACCCAAAUCUACAAAAGCUUGUCCAAAAUCUCACCAGUAUUAGGCAACUGUAUCUGGAUGGAGUAAGUAUAAAAGUUCCAGGACAUGAAUGGUGCAGUGCCUUCUUGUUGCUGCGUGACCUGCAAGAACUUAGCAUGUCACAUUGCAAUCUCUCAGGACCUUUGGAUCCUUCCCUGGCAACUCUUAAGAAUUUAUCAGUCAUUGUUCUUGAUCAAAACAAUUUAUCAUCCCCCGUGCCAGACACAUUUUCCCAUUUGAAAAAUCUGACCAUCUUAAGUCUUGUUUAUUGUGGGUUGCAUGGAACAUUUCCACAGGGGAUAUUCAGCAUUGGAUCAUUGUCAGUCAUUGACAUAUCGUUCAACUAUAAUCUCCAAGGUGUCUUUCCAGACUUCCCACGGAAUGGAUCUCUUCAGAUUUUAAGAGUAAGUAACACAAGCUUCUCUGGAGCAUUUCCAAACUCUAUUGGUAGCAUGAGGAACUUAUUUGAAUUGGAUUUUUCCUAUUGUCAAUUUAAUGGAACACUUCCCAAUUCACUGUCAAACCUCACAGAACUCAGUUACCUGGACUUGUCAUUUAACAACUUCACAGGUCAAAUGCCAUCACUUGGUAGGGCAAAAAAUCUCAAGCACUUAGACCUUUCUCAUAAUGGUUUGAGUGGUGCAAUUCCAUCAUCUCACUUUGAAGGACUGGAUAAUCUUGUCAGCAUUGGCUUGGGUUAUAACUCAAUCAAUGGGAGCAUUCCUUCAUCUCUUUUUACACUCACACGGCUGCAAAGGAUUCUGCUUUCCUACAAUCAGUUUGGUCAACUAGAUGAAGUCACAAAUGUGUCUUCUUCUAAAUUAAACACCCUCGAUUUAAGUAGCAAUCGUCUUUCAGGGUCAUUUCCAACAUUUAUAUUACAGCUUGAAGCACUCUCUAUCCUCCAACUUUCUUCAAACAAGUUCAAUGGAUCAAUGCAUCUAGAUAACAUUUUGGUUCUCAGAAAUUUAACUACACUAGACCUUUCAUACAACAACUUAUCAGUCAAAGUGAAUGUUACAAAUGUUGGCUCAUCUUCCUUUCCCAGCAUUAGCAAUCUAAAAUUGGCAUCCUGCAACUUGAAAACUUUCCCUGGUUUCUUGAGAAAUCAGUCCAGAUUAACCACUCUAGAUCUCUCAGAUAACCAUAUCCAAGGGACAGUGCCCAACUGGAUUUGGAAACUACAGAUUCUUGAAAGCCUUAAUAUUUCUCAUAAUUUGUUGACUCAUUUGGAAGGACCUUUCCAGAAUCUUUCUUCCCAUUUGUUGUACCUUGACCUUCAUCAGAAUAAACUUCAGGGGCCAAUACCUGUUUUUCCUAGAAAUAUGUUGUAUUUGGAUCUUUCAAGCAACAAGUUUAGCUCUAUUAUCCCACCUGACUUUGGUAAUUACAUGUCUUUCACAUUUUUUCUCUCUCUCUCAAACAAUACUUUGAGUGGCAGCAUCCCUGAUUCCCUCUGCAAUGCCUUAUAUCUUGAAGUGCUUGAUCUUUCCAAUAAUAACUUUUCUGGAACAAUUCCCUCAUGUUUAAUGACAGUGAGUGAGAACCUUGGGGUGUUAAAUCUGAGAAAGAACAAUCUCACAGGUCUUAUCCCAGAUAAGUUUUCAGCUUCCUGUGCUCUAAGGACUCUGGAUCUCCAUCACAAUAAAUUAGAUGGAAAGAUUCCAAAAUCUCUUUCUAAUUGCACAACAUUAGAAGUGUUAGACUUUGGGAAAAACGAGAUUAAGGAUGUCUUUCCAUGCUUGUUGAAGAACAUAACCACACUCCGGGUCUUAGUCUUGCGACAAAAUAAGUUUUAUGGUCAAAUUGGAUGUCCAAAGACCAACGGCACUUGGCACAGGCUUCAAAUAGUGGAUCUAGCCAUUAACAAUUUCAAUGGCAAGCUACCUGCAAACUGCUUCACAAGGUGGGAAGCAAUGAUGUCUGAUGAAAACCUAGCUGAAUCCAAGGCACAUCACAUCCAAUAUCAGUUUCUUCAAUUUGGUAGUCAAAUAUAUUAUCAGGAUUCAGUGACAGUUACUAUCAAAGGUAAUCGGAUGGAUCUGGUUAAGAUUCUAACUGUCUUCACUUCAAUUGACUUCUCAUCCAACCAUUUUGAAGGGGAAAUACCAAAAGAGCUAUUUGACUUUAAGGCACUCUAUAUACUUAACUUGUCAAAUAAUGCUUUUUCUGGACAAAUUCCACCAUCGAUAGGAAAUCUGAUGGAGCUUGAGUCCUUAGACCUAUCAAACAACUCACUAGAAGGAAACAUUCCCACAGAACUUGCAACUGUAUCCUUUUUAUCAUUCCUGAACCUCUCUUUAAAUCAUCUGUUUGGGAAAAUCCCCACUGGUACCCAAAUUCAAUCAUUUCAAGAAACUUCUUUCAUUGGUAACAAAGGAUUGUGUGGCCCUCCGUUGACUGCAAACUGCACUUCCAACACCAGUCCUGCAACUACAGAGUCAGUCGUGGAAUAUGAUUGGCAGUACAUAGUCACUGGAGUUGGUUUUGGGGUUGGAUCUGGAGUAGCUGUUGCUACGUUGAUGAUCUGGGAGAGAGGAAGGAAAUGGAGCAAUGAUACCAUUGACAAAUGUCUUAUGCAAGUUUUUCCUUUGUUCGGGUUAGCUUAUACCCCCAUUGAGGAUGAUGAUGCAGAAGCGAACAACGAUGACUCUAGUGAAGAAGAAGAAGAAGAAGAAGAUUAUUUGGAUUAUCCAAGCUUCAGAGGAAGGUAUUGUGUUUUCUGUUCCAAACUUGACAUCAGUAUGAAGAAGGUCAUUCAUGACCCCACUUGCACAUGUUACCCCUCAUCAUCAGCUUCAAAUUCUUCUCAUUCAUCAAAAUCAUUUUCCCCUUAGUCACGCACACAAGAUGAUCAUUUGUUUCUGACUUUCUGUUUCUGAUUAUUUCUUUUCUUGCCUUUGUUAUUUCCUAUGAAAGCAUACAUGUAUAUGUCGUAUAUAAUACACAUUAAAGCACACAUGUAUAUGUCGUAUUCAACAAUAACUGAAUCACUUCAAUGUUUUGUUGGACAAUUGGGUGCACCAUGCACUUCAACAA